CCGGACGGAGUCGGGAAGUUGAAGAUGCGAUAGAGAGAAGGGGCGAAGGUAACGGCGAGAGCUCGAGAACGAGUCACCAUGUGCCCGAGCCGGCGGGCCUGGUGGUGGAGAGGGGCGGUUCUCGGGACGAUGAUGCUGUUAACCUGGAGCUCGACGGUGGAGAGCUGUCCGUCUCUGUGCACGUGCAAAUGGAAGAACGGGAAAGAAUGGGUAGAGUGCGCGAACCGUAACCUAAAAGGUCUCCCGCAGGGCGCCCGGGAGGAGACGCAGGUGUUGGAUCUGUCGAGCAAUCAUCUGGUCAGUCUGCCGCCGGAAUGCUUUCACGCUCUCGGCCUGAUAAAUUUGCAGCGACUCUACCUGGCCAGAUCGCAGAUCAGCCGUAUAGCGUCGAGGGCGUUCGUGGGCCUGGUGGGCCUGGUGGAGCUGGACCUUUCCGAGAACCUGAUCGAACAGGUACCGACCGACACCUUCCCCUUCUACUCGAAUCUGAUGAAGCUGCUGUUGAACGGAAACCCUAUACGAGAGAUACGCCGCGGGGCGUUUCAACAUCUGGUGCACCUGACGAACCUGGACAUGAGCCAAUGCCGACUGGAGACCAUCGAGCAGGGCGCGUUCGAAGGCCUCCAGCAGCUCGAGUGGCUUCGAUUGGACGGGAACCGGUUGACCCGCGUGCCCGACCGGACGCUGCCUCUAGGCGGCAGCCUUCGCGGUACCACUUUGCACAACAAUCCCUGGCUGUGCGACUGUCGUCUAAGGCCCACGCAGGCCUGGCUCAAGGAAUCCGCCCCGACCGUGCCCCAGGAGUCCGAGCCCGUGUGCGACGCGCCUCCGAAGCACCGCGGGAAGCAGAUCAAGACCAUGAACACGAACGAGCUGGCUUGCCUGCCGCAGAUCGAACUGCAGGACCGACUGGAGGCCUACGAGGGGGACAACGUCACACUGAGAUGCGACGUUUACGCCGUUCCGGCCGCCAAGCUGAUUUGGUGGUUCAACGGGGAGCCGUGCGAGUCCCAGAACGAGAAUAAUUCGCUUCUGAUCGCAUCCAGCAGCUGCCCCCGGUUCGUGUACAAGCAACGAGGGGACACCAACAUGAGCAGCACUCUGUUGAUCUACUCGGUGGAGUCGCCGAACGAGGGCACGUACACGUGCAUAGCGGAGAACGGAGCAGGAUCGGCCGAGUCGAAUCUGUCAUUGAGAGUGCUCGUGCAAGAGAAAGUGACCGCCGAGCCACCGAACGAUCGUUCCAGAUCGGGUUACGUGGCGGCUGUAGCAGCCGGAGCUUUGGUCUUCACGCUGUUCGCCCUCGGUUCCCUGAUCGCCAGCGUGGUGUUUUGCGUACGCAGACGUCGCCGUGACCGAAAGAGGAACUCGAAAGCUCUGGUGUCGCAGAACAAGUCCGUGAUGCCGAUCACGAAAGACACCGCGACCAGUAUACCCUGUCGAAAGGGUAAUGGGAGCUUGUUGGGGCUGGAGCACCAGCAGAUAGUCUCGUACACCGAGAGGGAGAUGAGCAGAGCCGCGACAUUGGAGCACAGGGAGCACAGAACAAUGGACGAGCCUUACUGCAGCCCGGUGUCCAAGUAUCUGACGGAACCGGACCUGAUAAACGAGGUCCCGGAGACGACGGACGUGGGCUACGGUCAGCUGUACCGUCACCAACCCGGCGACAGACAAAUCCUAGAAUACGACUCGGGGUAUCCGCUGCAGCCCGACCUGCGUCCGUCGAACAUACCGCAGCUCAGCUAUCUCGAUCAGGACGGCUACCCCUUGAACUUUGGUCUACCGAAACUACCCUUCAGCGCGGCGAGCACCCUGCCGCGUCUGAGGCAACGAAUGGCGGAGGGAUCGGCGGUCGCGCCGCCCGCCAGAUACUCCAGGGAAGCGGAGUUCCUCGCCAGAUCGCCGGGAUACGACCCGGUGUUGCCCAGAACCGACGCCAGGUACACCGCCGAGGGAUACCCUUAUCCAGCUCAACAACAGCCGCAGAUACAACCGGUGGAGCAGCCUCUCCAGCAGCAGCUGCCCGUUUCCCCGGUCUCCCCGGUUCCCGUCUACCCCGAGGUGCCCUUCAUCCCUUCGCCCCCCGCCGCGUACAGGGGCGAGACGACGCCGCUAUCCCCCAGAUCGUUGCUGAGCAAAACGGCACGCGAGGCUGCCGCCGCCGCCGCGGCCAGGGCGGAGGAGCUACAACCACCCCAUCAUCCGGAGAGUCCCGACGAGGGCUACGUCGGCGACGCGAUGGACGUGUAA